CGGUGCGCGGGACACCUUUUCCUCGUUACAGCCGAGCCGUCAUGCGUCGUGUGUGAGUUUGUGCGACAUAUAUGACAUCGUUAAGUACACACUGAAAGUUCUCUCAUUUCAAAAUACAAAGUGCAAGCAUGCCGAGAUCUUGCAGCUUAGUUGACUCGUCGCCGCCGGCAUUAUGUCAGCAGUUCCGGCAAACACAAGUGAUACCACAAAUAGUUCCAAGUGAAGCAAAGUAAUUGAAUCAAUCGUAGCUAAUAAAAGUUUGAGCUAAGAGCAGAGGUGAAAUGUUCUGGCGACAAUGGCCUCUAAUGAGAAUGCAACACAGAAGUCGAGUAGAUUACGUAAAAAAUGAUAAAUUUGCUUUCAUGAUGAUUCACGUCAUCAUCUAUGCAGCAUUUUUAUAUGAAGGAAUGGCAGAAACUCAUCGUCAGUUUAGAACAGAUUAUCUACAAGAAUGGCCAACGGCCGAAUCGGGACCACACUUCGAUAGAACUGCACCUGUUAACGUGACUGGCCUCGUUGGCAAAACGGCACAUCUUAUUUGUCGGGUCAAAAAUCUUGGCAAUCGAACGGUAUCAUGGGUGAGACAUCGUGACAUUCAUUUACUAACUGUCGGCCGGUAUACGUAUACGAGCGAUCAGCGCUUUGAGGCACUUCACGCACCGCACAGCGAGGAAUGGACCCUUAGAAUAAGAUACCCUCAACGUAAGGACAGUGGAAUCUACGAGUGUCAGAUAUCUACGACCCCGCCAAUUGGUCACCCGGUGUAUCUUACUGUUGUUGAGCCGAUUACUGAGAUUGCCGGAGGCGCAGAGCUGUUCAUCAACAAGGGCAGCACCAUCAAUCUCACGUGCCUCGUCAGGAACGCGCCCGAACCACCUCUUGCCAUGAUUUGGAGUCAUAAUCGACAGGCAAUAAACUUCGACUCACCGAGGGGUGGCAUCAGUUUGGUCACGGAAAAGGGACCCGUGACGACAAGUCGACUACUCAUCCAGAAGGCAAUCCAACAGGAUUCAGGCCUAUACACGUGCUCGCCUAGCAACGCUCAUCCUCAUAGCGUUCGCGUGCACAUACUCAACGAAGAACACCCAGCGGCAAUGCAUCACGGAGCUGGCGACAGGAUGGCAGGCAGGCUACUUCCGGUAGUGCUGCUUCUGAGACUCGUAUUCUAGUCCGGUCCCUUGUCAGCCUGGUCGGUUGGGAGGAAAAACGAUGACUUUUACCUGCUACCUGCAGUCCCAGCUGUAAAACAAUCGGAAGUCUAUAUACUGUUGGCGUGGAACAUUUUCGAACUGAGUGCGCGAGUGCAUGUGACUGUCGCAGUUGGAAGCAAAAAAAACCCGUGUAUAUGCGAGACAGAAGUGAAACUGUCAAGUACAUGUUACUUUUAUUUAUGAAUACUUACAGUUUCCAUGGGAUCAAACGACUGUGUAGAAAAUUUUUCAAUGUCGCGUUUCUACGUAGAUAAUCUAGACUAUUAUUUUGAGCCAUAUGCCAUUUUAUAAAAUCCAUUUUUUAAGUAAUAAUUUUUUGCUGAUUAAAUUAAACGGUAUUCAAAAGAAAGUUUGCCAAACAUCAUAUUAAAAUGCGGAUUUUUUUAUGACGAUUGACAGAAAAAAUUAGCGUUGGUUAAUUUUCCUAUUCUGUAUUAACAAUUUUCAUACGAGUAAUUUCGAUAUGUGUUGCUAUACCGUACAUAAGAGAAUGAUAAGUCGUUAAAACAAACUGUCGGGUUCAGAUAAUGUUACAUAUUUUGUCAAAUAAGCGUCCUUGACAUGCCCUUUGUACAUAAAUACCCUUUGUAAAUAUCACACACACUUUGAUUUUUGCUCGUAGAGCGAAACGAUAAAAAAUUGCACCAAAUAUAAAGAGAAAAUAUCAUUCACGUUAAAUAUUUCGAAAUAAAAUUGAAUCAAAACAUUCACAUUUUCCAUUUUCUAAAUCAAUAUAUUUAUAAUUUUAUCGAAAAACUAUAUAAUGAACAAUCAUUGACACUAAAACAGAGAAAAUUGUAACAACUUUGUUGAUUGAAGAUAUUGUUUUUUUAAUGGCAAUUUAUA